AUGAGCUUGCGCUGGCGCAAGCAGACCCACUGGCCCCCUUCGCCAUGUGUGGAAGACGAAAUUGUGUCCCUCUCCCGUGAACUACACGGAAUGUCCCAGCUUGGAGAAAUGCCCGGACUCGAAGGGGUUUGCUCCCGAGGAGCCGUCGAUCAAUACCCACUGCUUGUGGACGUGCUUUCUUACUCCUCUUACUCAGAGACGACCGUCAUCUAUGAGGAUGUCCACCGUGACAGCGGCUCGGAUGACAAUGUAGGGCCGCCAACCCCGGUGGAUGAGAAACAGGACCCGAUGCUCUACAUCGUCGGGGAUGACCAAGCAGUCCCGUUGUCUGCUCCCUUUACAACUCGAGAGAAAUUCCAUGCCGCACCCAGCAAGCCAGCUGUGAAGUCGAUCCCUACCAUCCGAGGCCGUCCCAGAGCAGAUACCAGUACCCAGAGAGAUAGCCCCAAGAAGGAUACAGCCCAAAGUUCCCGGAAUGCCUCGAGAUCUUCUAGCCUACGCGCCCCUGCCGUCACUCAAAGCAAGUCGACUCCAUCCUUACCCAAGCGAUCAGGGAGCGUGAAGCAUGGCCGCUCCAUUGACGCCCUUGCCUCCUCCAAGUCCGGCUACCAGUCCGACUCGGCGACAGUCAAUCCCAAGAGCAAGCGUGAAACACCGGAUAAACCUGUCAUGCCCCCAACGGACAAGAAGGUUUCCACCGGACUUAGCGUGGCAGAAAGACUGGAAGAGAAGAUACGUCAGAGGCAGCUUCGCGCAUCCAAGGAUGGCUCCGAUGCCCAGAAGAGCGCUGGUCCGUCUGCUACCCAAUCCAGCGCCCCGGCUGGGCGUCCCACGGAGCCACCCGUGGCGCCUACAGAUACUGCAGCCCAUCGAACCGCUCCAGCAACCCGUCCCAGGUCCUCGUCGACGCCAAAGGAACCCCUCAAUGAGCCGCCUACUGACCGCCGCACGGACGCACAUGAGCCAUCCUCAUCCGCCGCAGCUCCGGCACCGCAACUCCCACCACGCCCGCUCUUGGCCAGGUCGGCCGCUCGAUCGGUCUCGAGCGACCGGGGACAGUCAUCCACCCAGCUGCCAGCUCGACGGGCCGUGUCUUUCCUCGAUGACGUGCCACAGAGGUCCUCGUCGCUCCCAAGGACUCCCGGGGAUGUUCCUGAACCUCCAUUGCUGCCACGACGACGGAGCUCAUCCCAGGACGCUGUCCGUCAGACAUCGCCCAAGCCGCAGUUCUUCCUCGCCCCUUGCCCCAGGUCGAUUCCCGUCGCCGGGUACCAGGACUGGCACACGGUCAAGGGCCUGCCCCAUUUGGAUAUUUGCCCAUCUUGUCUGAAGCAGAUGCGCAAGUCGGAGUUCCGCGAACUAUUCGUCCUGGGCAACCCCCGGCCUCGCGGAGAGAAGGUCCGCUGCUCGAUGAGCGAACCCUGGACGCGACUGGCAUGGAUGCAGACGCUCAAGAAGCAGCUGGACAGCCUCCAACUGCUCCACCAAAUCACGCGGCCCGCUCUCAGCAGCAGGCCGUGCCCGGGCCGUAUCAUCACCGACCAGCACUGGUACCGGAUCGUGGACCCGGAGACGAACUUGUACCUCCCGCAGUUCAACGUAUGCUCAGCCUGCCAUCGGGAGACAUUCAAGCGGAGCUCCACCAAGCAGGAACGGGCCUGCGACUUUGUAACGGACAGCCCGCGGUUCGUCCGGUACAUCGACUGUCUGGACAUGGCGGCGAACCGUGCCGACCAGGAGCAUGCCCUGCGGCCGGUUGUGACCGAGUUCCUCUCGUACGCGCGGCGCAAGGUGGUGCUGCGGGACUGUCGGCGGGACCGACCAAUCCUUAGCACAUGGCACUAUAUGCCGCAGCUGCCGGAACUCACAGUGUGCGAGGACUGCUACGACGAUCGCAAGCACCCCAUUGCGCGCAAGUUCUCGACAACGAUGCGGCUGCUCCCGGGCGACGGGCCAUCCCGGUGCCGGGAAGCGAGCUGCCAGCUGUACUCACCGCGCAUGCGGGCCAAGCUCCUGGAAGCGGUGCAGCAGAACGAUCUGACGUACCUGAAGCAGGUCGCGCUGCGGCGGCGCGACGCGGAGCAGCGUCGAGGGUACGACGUGGCGGCGGAGCUGCGACGCAACGUGGAGGAGUGGAAGCGCAGCGAGUAGGACUGGCCGGGGGCUACGGUGUAUUUGUUCUGUUUGAUUUGUAUCCUAUUAUGUACAUGGUCAGGAACCCGCCUGUAUGCUAUUAGUGUUAUGUUAUCAUGUACAUCAUUCAACCUACCU